AUGUGCUGUCUAAUCCUCUCCGCGCCUUUAGCCGAGAUUGAACGGGUGUUCAAGAAAGUUGCCGAGGGCAUCGAGGAGUUUGAGGACUGCCACGACAAAGUAGUGAAUGCGUCGAGCGCAAGCCAAAAGGAGAAGUACGAGACCGACCUGAAGAAGGAGAUCAAGAAGCUGCAGCGGUUGCGAGACCAGAUCAAAACAUGGCUGCAGAGCAACGAGAUCAAAGACAAGCAGGACCUGCUGCACCACCGGAAACUGAUCGAGAAGCAGAUGGAGAAGUUCAAGGCCAUUGAGAAGGAGAUGAAAACGAAGGCAUACUCUAAAGAAGGCCUCCAACUAUCCAUGCGGCUGGACCCGAAGGAGAAGGAGAAGCAGGACCUGUGCAACUGGCUGGCCGACUCGGUAGACUCGCUAACAACCCAGAUUGACGUGCUCGAGGCGACUGCCGAGCAAAUCGAGGGCAACAUGGGCAAGAAGCGCCGCGACGCGGGCAAGCUCGAGCAGCUGGGCUCCAUCCACGAGCGCGUCGAGCGGCACAAGCACCAUAUCAAGUGCCUGGAGAGGAUACAGCGGCUGCUGGAGAACGAGAGCCUGUCGACAGAACAGGUCCAGGCCAUCCAGGAGGAUGUCGACUACUAUGUCACCGAGAACGAAGACGUGGACUUUGUCGAGGACGAGUACAUCUACGACGACCUGCCAUUGGACGACGACGACGGCCUGUUCACAAUACCGGGCGAGGACGACACGUUUGGCCAUGACCAGGGCGACGACAACGAAGACAGCUUAUCUCAUAAGGACUCAUCGUCAACUCAUGCAGCCGUACCAUCAGAACCUGAGCCAGUACCAUCGACAGCUCUGCGGAGUGCGUUGGGCAGCAAGAGCAACAGCACAACACGGUUAAUGUCAGCUGUGGUGCCACAACCAUCAACCCUGCCGCCAGCACCGGUGGAGUCCAAGAACGCGUGGACAGAGGGUGCUGCGCAAUCCGGCGAGCAGCCCAGUCGGGCGGCCACCGGCAGCGCGCCGGCGAUGCCUCGACCCAAGUGCUUCACGCUGUUCCAAGACAGCCAUGUUCCAGACGCCUUUGCUGAGCUGAUGGCGACAUUCCUCAAGGCCAAGGACCAGUUCUCGGCCCGGCAGAACGCGGCCGGCUACUACGCGCUGCAGCGGCAAAUGGUCGACCAGAGCCUGCACGGGAUCCCCGGGCUUCUUGACCAGGAGCGGCCCAAGGCGCACAGCCAGCCGCAGGCCAGCACGCCCGCGUACUACCCGCAGACGGCGCUGCCGGUGAUGGAGCACCCGGGCAUGGCGUCGCGGCUGGACCUGGACACGCUGUUCUUUGCGUUCUACUACCUGCCCAACACGUACCAGCAGUACCUGGCGGCCAAGGAGCUGAAGCGGCAGUCGUGGCGGUUCCACAAAAAGUACUACACGUGGUUCCAGCGGUACGAGGAGCCGAGCGACAUCACAGACGACUACGAGCAGGGCACGUACAUCUACUUUGACUACGAGGGCUCGUGGUGCCAGCGCAAGAAGUCCGAGUUCCGGUUCGAGUACCGGUUCCUCGAGGACGCAGAGCUGGUCUAG